CGGCAUUGUGCCAUGUUGCUGCAGACAAUUCGACGCCAUGCAACGACUGGCGGCAGUCGUCGGCAGAUGUCAAUGCUCACGCGAGAUUACAUUCACAAGUGCCUGUACAGCAAGGACGGAGGGUACUUUACUUCCGAAAGUCGUGAGGUUCUGCAUGCGCCAAAGGAGCCCAUGAAGUUCCAUGAUUUCUGGGGCAAAGGUGAAUACAAGGCUGCACUGGCCAAGCUGUACCAGGCAGACAAAGAAGCGUGGAUGACACCCGUGGAGGUGUUUUACCCGUAUUACUCGCAUGCAAUUGCCAACUACAUGCUCAUGGCCCCAUUCACAACAGACAAGCUCACGAUAUUCGAGAUCGGUGGCGGGGCUGGCACCAAUGCCAAGUGCAUUUUGGACUACAUUCAGGAGCAAGCUCCGGCACUGUACGAGCAAACCUCCUACACCCUUAUCGAGAUCUCGCCGCGGAUGGCUGCCCGUCAGAGUGAGCGCAUCAAAGACCAUGCAGGCAUCGCGACUGUGGUGAACGCAGACAUCCUGACAUAUUCGUCGCGCUUUCCGAAGUUCAGCGACAGCUGUUACUUUGUCGCGAUGGAAGUGCUCGACAACCUUCCGCAUGACAAGGUCACUCAAGAAGGAGGCCAGUGGCACGAGACAUGGGUGAAUCCCAAGACUCUUUCAGAGCACCACCGUCCACUGACGGACCCGUUGAUCCGCCAGACGCUCGAACACUUUCCUUUGGAACUACCGCUUCGCGAACAGUACAAGCCGGCAGCCAGAUUUUUGCGCAAAGCACUGAGAAUGCCUGAAAAGACGUUGCACUCGGCUUUUGUCCCUACUGGAGCGAUGCAACUGCUCAACACCCUCAAAACGAGCUUUCCAAAACAUCACCUCAUCGCGGCCGAUUUCGACGAGCUUCCCGCACCUUCGUUGGACGCUGCGUCGGCGACGCAUCAACUGUACAAUCACCCCCGAAGCCCGACGUCGACCGCAUCUGGCUCGCUGCAUGCGGCGAAUGCCCCCUUAGUCGCUUCCAAGACAGCAGGCGUCACAUUCGACCAUGACACGUAUCUCGUCGAGGGGGGCAUCGCAGACGUGUUCUUUUCAACCGACUUUAUCAAGCUCAAGCACGCGUACUGCCAGGCCCACCACCGCCAUAGUCACGAGGUGUCGAUUGUCAAGUCCAGAGCGUUCCUCGAGAAGUUUGCCGACAUUGCCAAGACGCGCACCAUCCUCGGAUACAACCCGUUGCUGGAGGAUUACGCCAACACGAGCUUCAUCUUGAGCUAGUUAACACCACGGAACAAUAUGACGACAUGCUCUGGCAGA